GUAUCACGCGCACGGACCACGGCACAACGGGGCUGCAACAUCAAUAACAAGUAGCAUUUCACAUCGGAUCCGCGGGCACUCUGUGCUACGAAAACCAUGGACCCGCCAAGGCCAAUUUCAGUGGAUGGAUCCUAAUUUUAAAAAUGAUUUAGCUGAUGAAAAUCCGCGGAUUAACUGGUGGUUUAGUUGAAUAACUGGUUAGCGGCAGUGAGAGAGCGACGUGCUUAUUGUAGAGCACCGCAGACUGCGUUGCAUAUCCUACAAGAAACUGAUAAGAAUGGUGCAUCCGUGUAGCGACAUUAAAACGCUCUGAAUUUUAAUAGUGUGCUUUAGUGGUGGGUGUUGCCUAGUCCGAUUUCCAUGGCGAGGCGACCCGAGCGGGUACGAAAAUGCAUGACAGCGGGUCGUUUUGCGCAGGUGGAUGGCCACCUGAUGUGAAGGAGUCGCUGUCCUUUUCUCUCCGCGUUUUUGCCGCGUUGUUAUAGUGCGAGGCUGCGAUGGCAGCGCAGAAACCCGGAGUUAAGCUGUGAAGACGGGGAAAGGCGAGCCAUGCUGCCCGGGGUCGGCGUGUUUGGCACGAGCCUGACCGCGAGGGUAAUCAUCCCCCUCUUGAAGAACGAGGGGUUCUCCGUGAAAGCUCUGUGGGGACGAACGCAGGAGGAAGCUGAGGAGCUAGCCAAGGAGAUGGAUGUGCCCUUUUACACCAACCGGAUCGACGACGUGCUGCUGCAUCAGGAUGUAGAUUUGGUUUGCAUUAACCUGCCGCCGCCACUCACUAGGCAGAUCGCUGUCAAAACACUGGGUAUUGGGAAGAACGUCAUCUGCGACCGCACGGCCACUCCUCUGGAUGCCUUCCGCAUGAUGUCGGCUGCCCAGUAUUACCCCAAGCUGCUGAGCAUCAUGGGAAACGUGCUGCGCUUCCUGCCGGCGUUUGUGCGCAUGAAGGAGCUGGUGGAGGAGGGCUACGUCGGGGAGCUACUUGUGUGCGAGGCGCAGGUCCACGGCGGGAGCCUCCUGGGAAAGAAGUACAACUGGAGCUGUGAUGACCUUAUGGGGGGUGGUGGCCUUCACUCGGUGGGCAGCUACAUCAUCGACCUUUUGACCUUUCUGACGGGUCGUCGUGCCGCCAAGGUUCACGGCUUCCUCAAGACCUUCGUCAAGCAGACGGACCACAUCCGGGGCAUCCGCCAGAUCACCAGCGACGACUUCUGCACCUUCCAGAUGGUUCUGGACGGCGGCGCCUGCUGCACCGUCACACUGAACUUCAACGUGCCCGGUGAGUUCCGCCAGGAGGUCAUCAUCGUUGGGACGUCCGGGCGGCUAACGGUCAGCGGCACAGACCUGUACGGGCAGAAGAACGACAGCGAGGGUGGACGACAGCUGCUGCUGAAGGACAGCACGCCGAUGUGCAAUGCCUCGCUGCCGGACAAGGCAUUCAGCGACAUCCCCUCACCGUACCUUACCGGCACCAUCUGCAUGGUGCAGGCAGUGCGGCAGGCCUUCCAGGACCAGGACGACCGGCGCACCUGGGACGGACGGCCGCUCACCAUGGCCGCCACAUUCGAAGACUGCCUGUAUGCGCUGUGCGUGGUGGACACCAUCAAGAAGUCCAACCAGUGUGGCGAGUGGCAGAACAUCGAGGUGAUGACCGAGGAGCCUGAGAUUAGCCCUGCGUACCUGAUCAGCGAGGCUAUGAGAAGGAGCCGCAUGUCGCUGUACUGUUAGCGCUGUCUCUGUUAGCGCUUUAAAAAAAUAAAAUAAAAAUAAAAAACUCUUUGAGGAGGCAUCUACUGGUGUGCACCGGCUGCUGUGCACAUUCAUACUGGAAGGCUGGCUCUCUAGCACUGUCUGGUGGUUUGGAGAGUAAUUACAUUUAAGGAAUUACUGCACAUCACUGAGGGAUGGAAAACUACAGAUCAUGUCAGGAGAGAUGGAUUAUAUUUCUUCCAGAGGUUCCUUGUCGAGGCUUAACAGACUGACUGACUGACUGCUGGUGGAGACUGUGCAAGGAACACACACAACCGUGGCAACAGUUUCAGUUUUAGUGUUUUUCUUAUUCCUCAUCGGAGGUGAAUGUCCAAAAGCAGGGGGAGGCUGUUGUCAACGUCUGAGUGUUUCUGUGUUUGUGUGUGUGUGUGUGUGUGUGUUUGUGUGUUUGUGUGGGUGUGUGUGAGGGAGAGAGAUUGAGUGAGAGAGAGAAAGUUUUGUUCCUCUUAAAAAGGAAAAACCCUAAAAAUCAAUAGUUUGGCUGGUAGGGCUUUUAGAGAUAAAGUACCCCUCCAAUUAGAUAUGCAAUAAUCCUGUCUCCACACAGCUAAACCCCAUGCCUAAUCCAUGAGAAUGCCUCCUCAUUGCUUGCCUCUUGUGUCAUUCAGGUCAAUGUACUGUAACACUGCAUCCUGCUGAGUGCGUCUAGCUACAGUAGGCCUUAGUGUGUCGUUGUUUUUCGCAACGCUUCUUCAACCAGUCGGUUGUUUUUCUCAGCGCUUUUCAACCGAUUGCAUUCAGACUCGUCCUGCUUGCACUAGCAUGCUGAUGCUUUUUUUAGUGGAUGCGUCCAAAGUCAAUCAGUGGUGGCCUCUCAGUGCUGCGCAGGGCUGCGGUCUGCUCUAUGCUUGACUGUGCUGUGCUCCCAAUCUCCGCAUAGCUUGGCCUGGUUAGAGGCGACGGGAUGAACAGGAUGUGCCUUUGAGAACCGCCGUUAGUUACUGUAGAUGGGGGGGAGGGAUGGCAUAGUGAGCAUGUUGGAGUGUGGUAGCAUUUACUGUCUUCUGUCUUACCAGACGCUGGCUAGGAAGCAAAGUGACAGGAAGAAUAAGCUUCAUGAUACCAAAUGACAUUCUGAGGUAGAGGGGGGCGCGCGCGCGUGUGUGUAAACCAAUGCACUGUUCGCUUUAGAUCCCAGAUCACCCUUUAUAUGGAGGAGUCUUUGUGUGAAACCAGACGUGAUCGUUCGGUCAUUUGUGCAUGCUCCGUGUCCGAGUGCAGUCUUAGAGUUUGGUACAGGCGCACACGCCGACCUACGAGCCAAAAGAUUGAUUCGAUUUUUCUUUCAGACGUUCAGUCAACCCUGUGUUGGUCAUGUGGUGUUAGGACUCAAUGACAUGCUAUGCCUCAUCAUCACACUUCUCCAACACUGUGUCUUUUGUGUCUGUGUGUUUCAUGUCAUAACGACAUUAUACGUUGCUACUGUUUUGUUUUUGUUUUGUUUGUUUUAAAAGAAAUGACCUGCUGUACAGAACCAGGAAGAAACGUUUUAUACUUGAUGUUGUUCUCAGUAUAGAAGUAUUUAUUUUUGUUCUGCAUGUUUAUCACUGGAAAAAGAAAAACAUCUAAGUGUAUGUGCGGAGAGAGACAGUCAGUCAGACAGACAGACAGACAGUCAGACAGACAGACGGACGGACAAAGUGAGGCCUUUGGGGUUUUGUUUUAUGCAGCUCAUCCAGUGUGACAUCCCCUGUGAAGUGUGUGACCAAUCCUGUUUAUCCUGCCCUUAGAGAGCGAGUAGCUGCCUGUCUGUCUGUUGGAGCUCACGCUGCAGGCCACGAAUACAGUCACUGCCAGUGGAAAACCAUUCUGGGAGAUGCAAGAAGCGCAUUGUACAACUCUUUUGGAUUAAAUUGCGCUGUCAGUUCAGUUCGUCUAAAGUAUUGCUUUCAAGACAAAUGUGUAACCAAGGUGUGUAUUUGACCUUUGACCUGCAAGUCAAUUUUGGCCGAGACCAGUCCAGUCUGUCAGUGAGGCAAGCUUCACAAAACGGUAGAUGCAGUUAGUAACCCCAACACACACACUCACGCACACACACACGCACACUAUCAGGAGCCUGUGGUUAUAUACCAUAGAAAGGAUUGAUAUUAAAGGUAUAUAUCAGUAUAAGGAAUUGAGUCAUGUGAUCAGGAUAUUCUUUCAAACCUUCUUAGACAAGGUUGCUCCAUAUGCCAAAUAUUCCCAAAUGCAUUUAUCAUAUCAGUGCUCUUUCUUACAGUCCUGCUAUAGACCAGUUUGAAAUAGAAUACUAUAUACUAUAAAUACUAUAAAAAAAAACAUUCUGAUUUCUUCUGUGCUUUUGGAUUAGCAAAGUUCUAAAUAGCUCCUGCACCCAAGACUGGGCAUAGAGAUAUUGGUAGCUGGUCUGUUUUUGUUCGUGCAAAGGCCAAGAGAUGCCUCAAAACUAAGAGUCUUGAAGCUCCACAGACACAUCCAGUUCUCUGAGGAACCGCGCCUUUCUUGUCAAUCUCCCAGAACGCUUUUCUCAGAAGUGGUGAAGAUCACAGAAGCUGCUUUAAAUAAGGGCUGUGAUGUUUUGCAUGAGUAAAAUCUGUGACCCUCACUGUCAAUCUCCUAAACAUGAAAAGAUAAUGUUUCUUUUUUGUUUUCAACGCUAAAAUAGACCACUGGAUGUCUUUUAUUUUACUGUAACGGAUCUGAUUGGUCACCUUGUCCGCAGACUCGCAUACUGAUGUUUUUGCUCUAGAUUAUUUGUAUUUCUUUUAAGUUCGUCCUUAAACUGUACCAUUUUGCAUUUAUUUAAUGCAGAAGCUUAGUCACCCCAUCACAUCCUGAGUGACUGUAAAACUGGAAGGAGAUUGUCUGAAAAAAACAUGUGUCCACUGUAUAGUUCUUAUUUAUUGAAAGUAUUACUCUGAUACUGUGUCCGUGUGCGUGUCACUGGAUUCUCUCCUGCCUGUGAUGUGAAGGAGAACAAACUGAGGUCACGUUGCCAGAGCUAACUGCUGUGUUGAUUCCCCCCCCCCCCCCAAGCUCACAGAUUCUCAUCUGGUGUCCUUGCUUAGCACACCAGUGACUAGAGAAACUCAACUGAGAGGACAGACUUGACCCGUGCAGAUCCAGCGUUAUGGCUGCAGGUGUGUGUGCGCGCUUUUGCUGCUUCUCUUUGUGAACAUGUAGAUCCUGACUUCCCAAGGCAGCAUUCGCAAACAAGUCAGGAUCCUGCUUUUUGUCCAGGGCGGGCGGGGGGGCGGGGGGGUGGUUGGGCGGAUGCUGAAACACUGAAGGGUGCUGUGAAGAGGUCUAAAAUUGGCUGCCUCUCAAGAAAGGCUGAGUCUGCCAUACACACAUAGUCUCUCUGUGUCUCUCCCUCACACAUACACACAUACAUUACAGACACAUGAAUAAAGCAAGUCCACCCACACACCCACACACACAAAACAAGCUUCUUUUUCUCAUACACACACACACACACACACACACACACACACACACUCACACACAAAGUAGGAAGAAGGCUGGUUGCUUCCUUUUGAUGUGGAGGAACUGGAGGGCCAACCUGACAGACCCCUGCUGGGAGAGUGAUGCAUGAUGGGUAAAAACACAGAGUGUGCCUGUCCAUCUCAACCCUCCAUUAGCCCUGGUCAUUACUGGUCAUUACCUCCUGUUACCGUGCCGACAGGUUUUCAGAGAAACAUCCAUCAUCUUACUGGCCGUCAGGUGUCAUCUUACCACAGCUUCAUCUUAUAGACAUGGAAAUGGCAAAUAAGGCUGAUUGCUUUACCCAUUUGUGUGUGUGUGUGUGUGUGUGUGUGAGAGAGUGUGUGUGUGUGUGUGAGAGUGAGAGAGAGAAGGGCUUGCAGGGGUCACUGUUCAUUAUAAGACAACCUCAAAGAGAUGCUUUCUGUGCACCCGCAGACCUGUAACCUAGCAACCACCCACUACUGUGCCAAACUCGACCCAUAGACUCACUGCUUCUCUCCCUUUUUCUCUCUCUCGCUCCACUCUUUUUUUUUCUCUCUCUCUCUCUCACUGUCUCUCACACUCACUUUUCCCAAGCUCUCUAUCUCUAAGAGGUCUCGUAAUUUCGAUAUUAAGAGAAGCUGCAGUGCAGUGGUUAUUUGAAACGUUGUCCUAAAUCCCGUGGGCCUUUGGAAAAGGACUACACACAUAGUAAUUUACAGGAGACUGUGCUGACCUACAGGGAUGCUAAAAUGUAAACCAACUGGUGCUACUUCAGGUGCUGUCUACCAUAUGAACCCGACUAGAGAUUUCAUUUGGCAUCACGUCUCAUUAGGUUUCAAGGACCGGACUGAUUAUAUGCAUUAUGCAUGACACACAUCCUCCACUAGGGGGGAGGGAGGAUCCUAGCCUCGGCCUUCGCUGAGAAUCAGGAACCCUCUGCCCCCCCUUCCCACACCGUGUUCAUGGGGGAAGUGUCCAUCAUCAGGACUCAAGUCCACAUGGGCCAAUCCUGAAAGCCCCCCACAACUCAAUUGCCCCACCCAAUUUCUUUAGCUACACAUCUAACCCAAGUGCACAUUGGCAAAGAAGAGCAUUGACAAGUGGAUGUGUUGGUCAUUGUGGCUCACUGCCUGCGAUGAUAAACGAACAUUAGAGCAACAUUAAACACAAGUGGUCUGCGAAUGCUGCCUGACCCCCCUCCGCUGUAGUGCUCCGCCGCUCAUGUUGAAAGGAACCGUUCAUCUUAAUGCUGUAUUGACUUGUGACUAUUUAUUGUACUAUAUGUAUAUGGUCGACGCAUGAACCUUUGUAUAUAUAUUUUGAGAACCAACAGGCGCGUAUUUAUCAGUCCGUAACUAGAGAAUGUACUGUACUAGGAACAUUAAAGUCUAUUUUCGAUAUGCGCUGUGCACUGGAGGUGGAGGCGGCGUGGAAGAGGACUGGCGCUCCACGUCACUGUUUCAUGGAGAUUGUAAAGGCAUGGAAGUGAGUGAGUGUGUGUGUGCCUGCUACACUCUCCACAGCAAACGAGGCCCAACGAUAAACGAACCACUUGGCUCAGCUCUAUAAAUCUGCCAGUGUUCUGCAGUGAAAUAUCCCUGCUCUGCAUCCUUACUCUGUGUGUUUGUGUGUGUGUGAGAGAGAGAGAGAGGUAUAGGAAAUCUUUUCAAGUGUGUGCAUGGCUUUAUGCAUGCAUUUGAGCCCAUGACAGAGAAAGGUGUGUGUGUGUGUGUAACAGCGUUAAUGUGUGCAGGUGUACGUGUGAGUAUACCUGUGUGUGUGUGUGUGUGUGUGUGUGUUUGUACAGUUCAUAGCUCGGACAGACUGGCUUGUCCCAAAUGGAUCACUCAAGUAAAGAAACCUCCGUUGUGGUUUAUGGCUACAGCUCUUGUGAGAUGCUGUGGUUUCUAUGAAAUAAAAGCAUAUAAAGCUACCCUCA